AUGGCAAUUAUUGCCACUAUUAAAGCUAUAGACGGUGAUAAUGAUUGGAGUUGUACUGUCCGAGACUCUUGUCGUCCGUGUCCUGAAGACAAUAUAAACGAUCCAGUUUGUCAACCAUUUGGUAAUAGACAGCUUCUACUUUGCUAUGACACUAGGACGUCGUCCAAGAUAGACAGUAUUCCUGCAUGGCACUCCUGCGGUAGAUUACCAACUCAGGAAAGAAAUACAUUCCUGAAAUUCGUCUCACUAAACUUCGCAUUAACCGUUACAGCCACAAUGAUUGUUCUCAUACGCAACAGACAAAUCGCAAAUGCGCAAUACGACAAGCUAGCGAAAACAAUAGGUCUGCCUGACGCAAAGAGUCCCGAUGGACCAUUAGCAGCAGCAGGGAGACUGUUGAAAUUCCUUAGAACUUAA